CACGUGGCAUCAACAAGCUCGAUGGGGGAGGACCUCCCGGUGAGGCCACAUUGACAACGCACCAACGCUCAUAAAGCAGAGCUUCGAUAAAACAUUUCCACCUCCAACCUCCCCCACAAUCGCAGUUUUUCCCCCAGAUUUUCCAGCCCAAGUGUGUAUGACUAUGUCACCAGUCAGUUUGUGGUGGAACGCUAUCGUGGAAAGGUUGUUUGGCUCUUCACAGGAGCUCGCCGCAAAAAUGGAGUCCCGGAGAGGUAGCUUUCGACUGGUGAUUCGGUACCACCCGAAUUUGAUUUUGGUCGGAAAAUCUCUGGAGGAACCGAUCAUGGGGAAACAUUUCAAAAUUUCACAACCCGCGCGACCGCACGACCAUCCGGUCUUCGAUACCACGUUGCUUUAUAUUCCGAUUUACUGUCACCUGGUGCUUCAUCCACCGUCGGAAAUAGUGCGACCAAAAACGCCGGACCUGCUGAUCAAAGCUCGGAUGGAGAAAGUGAUGGAUACUUGGGCAGAUUAGAGUCUGUUUCGAUGGGUGCCCUCUAAUGUCAACGUAAAUCUGUUCCUGAUGCUGUACAUUUUAUUAUACAAUACUGAAAACUAAUGGUAGAUUGAUAAAGAAAGUGCUCAAAAAAUCAC